UUCUUCUUGUAAAGGAACCCCUUUACUGCUGCGUCGAGCGCGUGAGCGUCUGGAGUAAAACAAUCAUUUAUAAACGAAUAAAACAAAUAAAAAGCUGAAAAUGUGUGUGAGCGUUUCGUGACGACUGAAUUGCGGCUGUGGUGUUUGAGGAAGAGAAGAGAGAGGAGUUUCUUCGGGCCUUUUCUCGUCUUUCAUUAUUUAUUUCCUUAUUAACUGCGAUCUAAACAUUGAUGGUGGACCAGCGACGCUGAGCUCGAGAUCCGCGGAAUAACCUGCAGUCUUUCACAUUCAGUGCACGUGUGUGUCGCGAUGGCUCGUCCACGGCCACGGGAAUAUAAAGCCGGAGAUUUGGUUUUCGCUAAGAUGAAGGGUUACCCGCACUGGCCGGCGAGGAUUGAUGAGCUUCCAGAGGGCGCUGUGAAGCCUCCUGCUAAUAAAUACCCCAUCUUCUUCUUUGGUACUCAUGAAACUGCCUUCCUGGGUCCUAAAGACCUGCUUCCCUACAAGGAAUAUAAAGAGAAGUUUGGAAAGUCAAACAAGAGGAAAGGAUUUAACGAAGGUCUGUGGGAAAUUGAAAACAACCCUGGUGUCAAAUUUACUGGUUACCAGGUCAUACAGCAGCAGAGCUCCUCUGAGACAGAAGGGGUGGGGGGAAAUGCUGCUGAUGGAAGCAGUGAGGGAGACUCUGUGGGUGAGGAAGAUGAAGCAAAGAUGAAGAGUGACAAGGUGGGGUCCAAGCGAAAAAAAAGUGCAUCCUCCAAGCAACACCCCUCACCCCCAAUCUGCAAUUUACACCAAGGGUAGGACAAGAUCUCUGGUGACCAUAGCAACUCACACCAAUCCAUCAAGAUAAGAGUAUUUUACGACUGGAUGGAAUGUAGGGAGCUGAACUCUCUUUACUCACUUUGGGGACAGACAUACAAUCUUAAAUGCAUUUAUAUGGAAAUGUACAUAUAUUCACUUAUAACAUUUCCAUGUAUUAAUGUUCUUGUUGUUAUGUCUGUUUUAAACAUUAAUCCAAAGUAUCCAUGAAUGUGUGUUUAACUACUGGAAUUAUUAGAUUUGUAGUAACUCAUUUAACCAAGAUGAUAUUUAGAUCAUGUUUGGUGUCUAUGAGCUACAUUUGUGAUGUCCUUAAUGUUGAUGUUUGUUGUGUUUUGGUAACUCUUUUCAUAUUAGUUUUAUCAAACUCUUAGAAGUCUUCUUAGUGAACAUGCAAUCAGCUUUCACAUGCAAAACACCAUCUGAAAGACAAAGACAAUUCACUUUCCCUCCAAAGUUGCCAUCUCCUGAUUGGAUCAGUCACGUCUGUAGGACAUUUAAAAGAGACCACGAGAAGAGUCUUUUUCUGUGUGUGGUGGAGGUUUUUAGGAGUUGUUCUUCAGGUUUGCAGUUUGUGGGGGUUUGUUCUUUCUCUCCUUGCGUUCUACAUCACCAAAGGAUGGACUAGAAGAAGACUUCCCCUUUAACCCAUAAGUUUGUUUCAGGCUGCCUCCUCGUCUUUCCAGAUACAGAUCCUCUGCAUAAAACUGGUUCUCUCUGAUCACAUCCACCCAAGAUCACGUGGAGCCUUAACAAACUGCAUCAGGACACUUUCUUUCUUUUGAUGGGCAAUACGUGCAAGUAUCAAUCUUAGUCUUAUUAAAAGAUGCAUAAGGCAUCAUUAAUCCUUUUAACAAAGGUGCUUUACAAGAAGAAACUGAUGUUUAGUUCAGGCUAUUGAUCUUCUGAAUAUCAUAUACUCCCAUAAAUCCAUGCUUUGUUCUUCUCUCUGCUUCAACUUCAACCUUCUUCCAAUGCUAAACUGUAUGUGUGUAUAUGUUAGAUUAGUAUGUGUCUAGUCUAGGUAAUAAAGUCCUGUUUUAUUUCA